AUGGUGCUACUAGCAACAAGCCAAGAAUGGCAAACACAAACCUCUCGCCUCCUCCAAGCGCGCCCAACAACGACGCGCAUCACGACGAAAUACAACAUCCCGAACCUUGAGUCCGAGCGCUACCAGAAAAAGAUGAGCAAAAAGCGGAAGAGAGACGCAGGAGGAGAGGAGAAGGACAAAGAGGAUGCCGCCGCGCCCAAAAUCCCGCAGGCGACGCUCGAGUUGAAGACGUAUGAUCCUGAGUCUGGGGUGGUGCUCAAGUUCAAGACGAAUCGGGCGGCGGAGGUGGGUAGGUUGGUCAUGAGUUUGGGGACGUUGGGACGGUAUAUGGCUGCUUUGCCGGUGAAGGAGGAAGAUGUUGCGAUGGACGAUGCUACGGCGACUGAGCAAGCGGCUGACGAUACGAAAGAUGCUGCACCGGCGGCAGCGGCGCCCAGCGCGAAUGACGCAAAACCUCAGCAAGGAGCUGGAGGAGGUGGUGGAAACAAGAAGAAGAAGAAAAACAAGAAAUGA